CGAACACAGCGCUCUGUGAGUGGUGUCCUUCUGCGGCCUCCGUAGGCCGCACUAAAACAAAAUGGCUGCCCCUGUUGACAACGAUUUAAUUGAGCGUGAUUUGCCUGCAGCCGUUCAGCUGUUGAGGAAUCUCACCGAACAGGUGGUCUCCGUUACAGGUCAUGUCCGGGAGCUAAUAACAAAAGUGAAAGAUGGAGCUUUUAAGACCUCCCAGGGCUUGUCUUUCUUGGACCUUCGGUAUCAUCUGCUGCUCUUCUACCUCCAAGACCUCACUCACCUGAUCAGCAUCAAGACCGAAGGAGGCAGAAUCAAAGACAGCGAGGCCUUGAACCGGCUGGUCACCGUCAGAACCGUCCUGGAGAAGAUGCGGCCGCUGGACCACAAACUCAAGUACCAGAUUGAUAAACUGGUGCGCACUGCUGUCACCGGCAGUUUGGCCGAAAACGACCCGCUGCAGCUGCGUCCUAAUCCCGAGAACCUCAUCAGCAAAUUGAGUGAGUCCGAGGAGUCUGAAGGUGAAGCUGGCGAUAAGACGGAGAACAAAGCAGCCCCCUCUAGUGGCAAGAAAUAUGUCCCGCCAAAGAUUGCCCCAGUGCACUAUGAUGGAGACAUGACCGAAGCAGACCGGAAGAAGGCUCAGUCGGAGCGCCAGCGGCGAGCGGCCCUCAGGAGCUCUGUGAUCCAGGAGCUGAGGCAGCAGUACAGCGACGCUCCCGAAGAGAUCCGGGACCGACGAGACUUCCAGAGCGAUCGGGACAGCCGCGAGGAGCUCCACAGGAAAAACUACGAGGAGUCGAUGUUGGUGCGUCUCAACAUGCCCCAACGUCAGAAGAACGCCAGGAAGAGAGGCUCGAUGUCCAUGAGCGGCCAGCUGAGCGGCAUCACGCACUUCGGUGACAUCACAGCGCUGACGGGCGGCGAGCCCACGCAGGAUGGGGAUGAAUCUCGUCCCAAGAAGAAGAAGAAAGUCAUGAAGAAAAAGACCAAAAGAAGAGCUUUCAAGAAGCACAGAUAAAGCUGAAGUGCAGAGUGAAGACCAAACAUCCACCAUCGCUUUAUGCUUCCAUGGACUUCAUUACCUUUUAGUCAGUCAUUUAUUCCCCACUUCACUGAUUUCUUGUGGAAUAAACUGUUCUUGUUGA